AUGGUAGUUGAAUCUACUACUAAUCCUGACUUGAACAAUUUGGCUAGUAAUUCACAGAAGAAGUCUGAAACUCAUUGUAUGGUACCUAUCACAGUACAAUUAAAAGAUAUUUUCGGUCCUAAUGAGAUUGGUGAAAUUACAAUAUGUGAUACGACAGGUUUUUGGGAUACAAUGGAUCCAGAAGUAGAUGUUGCUAAUGCUACCGCCGUUAUUGAAGCUUUUCAGAAAUGUAAGAGUGUCAAAAUACUUGCUUUAUCAAGUUAUCCGAGUUUAGGUGACAAAGGACGAAGCAUUCAGAAAUUGGCACAUAUGUUGAUUAGUAUGCUGCCUGGAAUCGAGGAUAGACUUGACGCUAUUUUCUAUGUAUUCACAAAAUAUCCUGCGACAACUAAUAUUCCGAAUUUAUUGAAAAAUAUUAAGACUUUGCAAGUUGAUAAAGAUUCUUCUUUACGAUGGGACACCGCUUUCAUAAAAAUAUUAUCAGAUAUGAUGGAAAAAACUAUGAACGGUGCCUACAAAUUGGAUCCUAUUCAUGGAGAUCCAAAAAUUUUGAUUCGAGAAUUACAGCGUCUCCGUGGUAUUUCGAAUCCGGGUGAAAUUUUUCGAUAUCCGAUGAGAGAAGAAACACAGCGAACUGAAUAUCUUGAAAAAGAUCGAGAUAAUGCUUUAGAAUACAUAGAGAAAUUGAUUAUCCAAAUGGAAAUUUUACGUACUAUGCCCGAAGUUGAGUCAAAAACGGCUGGAACAUAUUUUCGUACGGUUGAAAAAAUACGUGGUUACGUGCAAGAGUUACAGAAAACGGCCGAACUAUUUCUAAUUAGCAUUGACAAUCAAACAGGAACAAUUAGUUUUAUGUAUUUUGCACGAUCAUUGUCACGUUUGAAAAAUGCACAAUGGAUCAAUCGUAUUGAUCCAGGAAUGUAUGAUACACUUAUGCAACGUAUCACAGAGGAUUUAAUGCGCUACGUUCAGCAAUUAGAAGAUCGUUUGAUAAAACUAGAUUUAACUUUGAAGCAUCACGACAAUAUUAGUAUAGCACAGGAAAUUCUUGUGAAAAUUGAAUCGAUGACUGUUUUGGAAUGUACUAUUCCACAACUUGAGACCUAUAAGGAAAUCAAUACAAGUUUUCAGCAAGCAUGCUCUAUUCAUGUUGAAGGAGAUCCUCUACAAUACUCACACGAGUUACAAAUGCGAUUACAAGAAUUAACUAGUCUUAGUAGAUAUACACAUGUUUUUGAAUACAUUAAUGGAGCUGAGAAGCUUGCACAUUGGUAUCAACGAUUUCUUCAGUAUUAUCAUACGUUAAGUUAUAAUAUGGAGCAAUCGAGAGCUUCGAAUAGAAGUCAAGAUUUAAAAGGUCAAUUAAACAUUGCACAAACAUUGAGUUGUUUAGAUAAAGUUUGUGGCGACGUGUUUGGAAAUUCUGGAUUUCAAAGUUUAUAUAGACAGUAUCAAAACAAAGUUGAUGAAGAAACUAGAGAAGCCUAUAGAAUUGUGUUAGAUUACAUAUCGAAACGAGAUUAUGCAAAUGUAGCUAUGACACUACGUGGCAUUACUAUUAGUAGUUUGAAUCCGAGAGAUCUAGCUCAAAUUCAACAUGACUUAAAGAACUCAUUAAAUUUAUUGAUGAAGAAUACACGAAGCAUUGUUCAAUGGUUAGAUGGAAAAAUUGAAAGAGAAAAUAAUCGCAGUCAAAUAAAAGAAAUCAAAGAGAACAUUGAGAAAAUUGAAAUCGCUGUGAAUAAAACUAGUAUCAUGGAGUUACUUGAUAGUGAAACUCAAAAUUCUGUUCGAAUAUUUGAAAAUGAAAUCAAUGAACUAUUAGCUCGAAUUAUUUUACGAGGACUUGAUAUAAUUGAAGCUUUUAUAAAUGCCGAUAGUUUCGACGAGGCUAAACAAAUCAUGGAAAAUCUCAGUUGGGUACAGCAUGAAUUAGCAGAUCAUUAUACAUCAAGUUUGGUUACCGAGAAGACUAAUGAACUAAGAAAACGAUUCGAUGAUAUAGUUGCUGCGAUUUUAAAACGAGAUGAUUUCACCGAUAUUGACAACUAUUCCGUGAAUCCCCCUAAAGAUCUUUUAGCGAAAUUGAAGAUAGCUGCAUCACGUGGUGAUGUUCAAUUUCAUCAAGCUUACAUUUCUAUGUUGGGAAAAAUUCGACAAAAUUUUAGUCAAGCUAUCGAUCAAGUACGUAGUGUUUCUUUGAACGAACGUCCUGCAAAAAUACGUUCGUUAAAAAAUGCAUUAUCCUUCUUACCAGAGGAAUUACAAAAUUCAUUUAAAUUGCAGAUCGAUGAAUUGGGUAAUUCAUUUGUGGAUGAAGAGAAAACACAUAGACGUGAUUUAGAUGAAAUUCUCAGACUUACUGAUGACGAUGAUCGUACUAUCAAAAAAAUCGCUGGAUUUGCUCAAAGAUAUAAAGAACAAAAUAGACAGGAACUUUUUGAAAUUUUACGUGCAGAAAUUUCCAAAAGACUCUAUGACUAUCAAAUAGAUGUAGAAACUUCAUUGAAUAGGCAAGAUAUGCAGUCCGCUAUUGAUAAUGUGAAGAAAAUUAUUCUAUAUAGAGAUUCUACAGAUUCUUAUAUUCCCGAAGUAGUAGGAAUAUAUAAAAAUGUUCGUGAUCUAAUAGGUAAACAUUUUUCACAUUGCGCCGAUACUCUUACAAACAUAGCAACGAUAGAACAGUGUCAGAUUGUUGAAAAAGCAUUUAACAAUAUGAUCAUUUGUAUUGAUUUUUCUAUGACGCUCGGUAGAAAAGACGAAACAUUUCUACCAGACACUGUUCUGCAGAAUGGUUGCAGAAAAUUUCAGAAUAUGUGCGAGUAUAUUGAUGAAAAUUCUAAAAACUAUCGACUAGCCAUUAGUAAGAUUAAUGUUAUUGAAUUACGUCAAGUUUUAAUAGUAGCUAAGCAAUGGGACGUACUUGUACGAAAUAUUCGACAAUGGCGUUCACAACAUUCCUCUAUGGAAAAAUAUUUGCAAGGUAUUACAAACGUAAUCCUGCAUGCAAAUAUGAUAAUUGACUUAGAAAGAGAAAUAAAUAAUUUGAUAGUACAAUUGAAUGUUGAUCUCAUUAGUGACGAGACAACACGAUUUGAAAGACAGCGUGAAGAAUUUUUUAGUCAUCUGAUGAUAUUGAUCAGUACAUUGAGAAAUAUAAAUUCAAAAUUGAAAGAUCUUUUACCGUUCAAAUUAGAUAUCGUGAAGUUAGAAGAAGAAAUCAAAAGAAAAGCUAAACGACUAGGUGAUCAACUUCUUAAAAUAGCAUCAAAAUCAAAUCUAUCACCACGAGAUUCCGAUGACUUUCGUAAGUAUUACAAUCAUCUUUCAUCCUUUAGUAGACACGUAAUUCUAUCAGAUUUCGAUGUUCGACAUGUGUUGGAUGAAGCGGAGGAAAAAAUUUUUGAAACAAUAGCAUCUUUAUCUAGAGAAAUAGCGAAUUCGGGUUCGGAUGUUAUAAAAGUAGCUGAACUAAUUAUAAAAAUGAAAUUUUUCGCGGAAAAUCUAUCGAUGUUUGAUAGUAAAAUUAAUGCAGAAAUCGAUGAAAUGCUAAAAAACUACAAAAUAAAAGUGGGCAGAAUAGCAUUUAUGAAAUUGCCAAUAGUUCUAGAAAAAACAGAUAUAGGUGCUAGAGUAAUCGCCGAGCAUGCAUCCUUGGCAGGUGAAGAUUUACGUAGACUACGUGAAAAAAUACAAAAACAAGAUGAUAUUGAGUACAUGCUCAGAGAAUUAGACGGAGAUAAUAUUGCUACGGACGUAUUACGAACACAAUAUCUCAAUUUUCGAAAAACCUAUGACAGUCUAUUAGCUCGUCAUUUAGAAUUAUUUGAUCAGAUGUCUGACACCGAGCCAAAUCUGGACAUAUUAAUUUCAGAAACGAAACUUAUCGUGGGAAAAAUAGUUGAGAAAAAUCGUACUAGUGUUCGUUGGAAUAAUUCUUUUAAGAAAAAGAUUUCGGAUUUGUUGGCGCAUAUUUUUGCCGUAUGGACUCUAAAAAAUACCCAACAUUACAAUGCUAUGCGUGGCAUUGAAGCAGCACAGGCGUAUCUAUUGAUGCCACAUGUUGGACAAGUUAUUGCUAUUUUCCGUAUUCUUGGUAUUGGCUAUCAAGGAUAUGAUGAUUUAUUGAAUAAUUUAGUGCAAAUAGGAACCGGUGAAGGAAAAUCAGUUGUCAUGGCAGUGACUGCUUGUGUAUUUGCAUUAAUUGGAGUUGAUGUUAAUUGUUCGUGUUACAGUGAAGUAUUGAGUAUGAGAGAUAAAAAUGAUUUCGCUCCGGUGUUUAGGGCACUCGGCAUCGAAGAACGUAUUGAAUAUGGUACUUUUAAUAGAUUGUGUGAGAACUUAUUGAAUGAACAAUGUAAUGUGAGAGAUAAAGUACGUGAAAUGAUUGUCGACAAUAAAAGUAAGAUAGAUGUAGCAGCAAAAUCAGUACGCACAGAUCCGAAAGUAUUGUUAAUUGAUGAAGUCGAUGUUUUUCUAAGCGAAAAAUUCUAUGGUGGAACGUAUUCACCAUCAGUGGAUAUUAAAGAUUCCACUAUUAAGACAUUGCUGGAUAUAAUCUGGCACAAUAAAACAAUACGAAAUUUGAAUGCUGUCAAAAAUACACCUGCAUACAAAGCAUUUGCUAAUCGUUUUAGUAAUUGGAUUUUUCUUUUCGAUGAAGCGAUAAAAGAUAUGUUGACUGCUCUAGAAUCUUUUCAGUCUUCAACAUAUAUUGUACAAAAUGAUAGAAUUGUUUAUGUCGAUGGUGAAUCGAUAGUCGAUAAUGUUGUCCAUGGUUACAGUACAAUAUGGGCCUAUUAUCAUGAGCAUGAGAAAGAUAAUAUCAGUAAGGUUAGCUUGGAAACUAAUGUAGGUAUUAUCGUAAAUUGUGGAACAUUUUCCUAUGCUGAAAUGCCACAUGAAUUUGCUUAUAUAACUGGUGUGACUGGUACUUUAAAAACCUUGGCUACGUCUGAACAGAAUAUAUUAAGAAAAGUGUACAAUGUACAAAAGAAAACAUUUAUUCCGUCUGUAUUCGGUAGCAGUAAUCGUAUGUUUAAUUCAAGUACUGAUGUACUUGUAGUCAAGGAAUCGGAAUAUUACAUGUCAUUACGUGGAGAUAUUGACGUUGUAUGCCAUGCAGGACGUGCUAUUCUAGUUUUUUUCGAAUCAGAUGAAAAAUUAAUGAAUUUUUACAAUUCUUCUGAAUUAUCGUCGAUAAAAAAUGAUGUUCAAAUUAUUACAGAGAAGGUUGCUGCAAAAGAUAGAGAACUAUGUAUUAAACGCGCUGCAUUAGAAGGUCGAACUACGCUAUUAACACGAACCUUUGGUCGAGGAACUGACUUUAUCUGUCGAAAUCAACAGCUUUUAGCAAACGGCGGUAUUCAUGUUCUUCAGACAUUUUUCUCGGAGGAAUUAUCUGAAGAAUGUCAAAUAAUGGGAAGAGGAGCACGACAAGGUGAUCGCGGUUCAUAUAGAAUGAUUUUGUUAGAUAAAGAGUUAGAAUGGGUUCUUGGAUCUACUUGGGAAGAAGAUCUUCCAAAUAUUAUAGGUUCUAAUCUUUACAAAAAACUGAAUAAAGCUCGUAAUGAUCUUUAUGAGAGUCGAUGUGGUGCAAAAGAACUUUCUAUAGACCAGUGCAGACAGGAACAUGAAGCUUCUAAACGGUUUAUGUCAUCAUUGACUUCAGGAAAUAUUGAAACUGUGAAAACAUUUUUAAAGAAUCAAAACCAGGGAGCAAGUUUCGUGUCAGGUUCUUCGCGUACUGUUUUGCUUAUGGAUGCAACAGGUUCUAUGUCAAGUUUAUUAUCUGCUGCCAAAGAAACAGUUUGUACUAUGUUUGAACGUGCUUCUAAUAUUCUGAAGGAGAAACAUCUUAGCGAUUUAUUUCAAAUGCAGAUUGUCAUAUAUCGAAAUUAUAAUUCGAGAGAGAAUGAAAUUUUACAAGCGUCUGCUUGGGAGACAAAACCUAAUAAUUUAAGAGCAUUUAUGAAUACAGUCGGCCCUAAAGGUGGCAUGGGAGCAGAAGCCAUUGAAAUUGGUUUAUGGCAUGCAGUUAAAGAAAGUGAAACGUCUGAUUCAAUCUCUCAAGUAAUUUUAAUAGGAGAUGCUCCUGCAAAUAGUCAAGCAGAGGUCCGCGAAAAGCGAGCAGGUUUCGGUGAAGCUUAUUGGGAGAAGACUAGAUUUGGUAAGCCAACAUAUUUUGUGUAUGAGUUACAAAAAUUAAAAUCGAAAAAUGUACCUGUUCAUGCAUUCUAUCUUACAAGAUAUGCAAAAGAUAGUUUCAAAUAUAUUGCAAAUGAAACAGGAGGUCGUUGCGAACGGUUGAAUAUUCAUUCUGCGGAAGGUGCUGAGACCCUAACCGAUUUCGUAACAGAAGAAGUUCUUAGAAAAGCAGCAGGUGAUCAAGGAGACGCUGCGGUAGACUUAUAUAGAAAGAAAUACAAGACUUUUGCUUUUUAA